GUGCAAAAGUAUAAUAGAAUAUGGGGUUAAGUUUUUAGUAUUUGCUUAUUUAAAAAGCUAAAUGGAUAUAAAACAUAGCACAUAAAGGAAAGGAGACUAAUUUGGUUUGUUAUUCUGCAUGUUUGACCAAAGUACUACUUCCUAUGUCUUUGGCAUUUAGCUGUCGUAAUCAUUUUUACCAAUCUACGCAUGUGGCCUUCAUUCCUAAUUUAUUUACAUUACUGCCCUCUUACAAUCUUCUUCUUCUUCUUUGCCUUCAUUACGAACUUCAACGGUCAACGUACUCCUAUUUAUUUUAAAUAUAUCUUUCUAUAAUUUCCUUUAAAAAAAAAAAAAACCCAUACUCCUAUUUCCAAAUAUUCUGUGAGUUAAGAUGAUCCCCAUUUUCAAGACACGUUGAAAAUACUAAAAAAUAUAACAAAAAAUUAGGGGAUUAAUUUGUUUUUUUUUUCUGACAUUGUGAACAGAGAGGCAAUUUAGGACAAAGAUGACACGUCCCCCAAAAGGUUUCGAUUGGUGGGCCUUCUUCUUCUUCUUCUUCUUCUUCUUCUUCUUCUUCAUUUUUUUUUUUGUUUCUCUUCUUCUAUUUUAUACCUCUCUCAUUUUUCUUUAAAAUCAAGCCUCUAAACGCUAUACUCUACUAACUACCAUGGCAGUGAAACCUAUUCAACCCCCACCAUUUUCAUUCCCUUUCUUUCUCUUCCUCUUCCUUUUUCUCUUCCCCAUUACAUCCUCUGUUUCUCCCACCGCAGCCCCAACCUCCUUACCCUCGCCGUCCUCCUCCUCCACCCUCGACCCCAAGCAACUAAGAGCCCUUCAAUCGCUUAACAUUCCUACUUCUAGAGAUCCAUGUUUGCCGUCCUCCCUUCACAAUGUCACUCUCUGCGACUCCUCUGCCCCCUUCCGCCACCUUCUUUCCCUUCGCCUCGUCAACUGCUCUGACGACGUCGCUUUGUCUUUCACUGCCCUCAAGUCCCUCUCCACUCUCCAAUCUCUCCAGUUCCUCAACUGCCCCAUUUCCCCCAUUCACUUCCCCUCCGCUCUUGCGACUUCCCUCCGCUCCUUCACUUGCAUUCGAAGUCUACGUAAGCUUACGGGAGUUUGGCUCAGCCGCCUCCGGAACCUCACUGAGCUCACUGUCUCUGAUGUCUCUAUUACUGCCUCCGGCCCUUAUGUCAUUCUUGGUAAUAUGAAAUCGCUCAGGUCUCUUACUAUUUCUCACGCCAAUCUCACAGGUUUUGUACCUAAACACCUCAAUCUCAACCUUACCCAUAUCGAUUUUUCCGGCAAUAAGCUCAGGGGAAAGAUACCCACCUCCAUUACAUUGCUUGAAAAUCUUGAAACCUUGAAUUUGUCGUUAAAUUGGCUCAAAUAUGAGAUCCCCACUUCAAUCGGAGACUUGAUUUCGCUACGAAACUUGUCAUUAGCUUCUAAUUCACUUUCGGGACCAAUCCCGGAGUCUUUUUCGGCCAUUCCAGGGCUGGUUCAUGUUGAUUUGGGUUCGAACCAAUUGAAUGGGACGAUUCCCAGGUUCAUUUCCGACAUGAAAAGCUUGAAGUACUUGAAUCUAGAGAACAAUAUGUUUCAUGGUGUAAUUCCUUUCAAUGAGUCGUUCAUCAAGAGGUUGGAAGUGUUUAAGAUUCAGGGGAAUAACAACCUAUGCUAUAACCAUUCGAUAUUAUCGUCAAAGUUGAAGCUUGGCAUUGCUCCAUGUGAUAAACACGGCUUGCCGAUACCCCCACCGCCGGAUAAAGACGCGGACGACGGCGAUUCAGUGGCGGAUGAUAGUGGGAGUGAUUAUGAUGGGAGUGAUGAGAAUGAUGUUAGUCACAAGGAAAAUAAUCAUCAUCACGGGCCCAACAAGGUAGUUCUUGGAGUGGCAAUUGGGCUAUCUUCUUUAGUUUUUCUCAUUGUUUUCUGGGUUCUCUUAUCCAAGUGUUGUCGUUGAGAUCACAGAGCUUUGGAAUCGCCUUCAUAAAUUGGAUUAGAGUAGAAGCAUUAAUUUGGAAACAGAUUUGAUCUCACACGUAAGUAUGAUAUUACACUUGUCAAUGAGAAAAUUCUUUUUGUUUUUUGUUUUUUUUUUUUUUUUUUGAAUUCAGGAGGGUGGAAUUGCAUUAAGGGCUACUGGUUCCAUUUGUUGGGUUUGUAAGUUCAGUGAUUUAUUUUCUCAGCUUUGAUGGUGAAAUCUCUCUCUCUCCCUCUCUCUCUCUCUAUAUAUAUAUAUGCAAUUCGUUAUGAGAGACAUAUAAUCUUGAGUAUUGUACUUUCCUUCCAUUCAAAGCAUUUCUAUUUGUAUUAUUAAUAAAAUAUAUGCUUAAUUUAGUUAAGUAAGAUAGUGAGCUGAUGAAGCUAAAGAAAGAUUCUGUUCUUAAACUAUUUUGAUUGGAAUAUAUAUAGCAGUCUAGUAGAAGCAAAGCAAUGGGUAGAAGAAAAACAAUAUGUAGUUCAUAAGACGGACUUGUUGACUGGGUAAUGGGUAAUGGGUAGGCAAUUAUAAUGAUGAAAAGUAAUGGUUGAUGAUGGGAUACAGUUUGUUUAUGGAAUUAAUCUUUGCUUCAAACAACAAAAAAGUUGUCUGCUGUACAUUUGGAUGGGCCCCAAAUAUCUAA